CCUCAUUCCAUCAACCCAUUGGCCAUUGCAGACAACCUUAAUUAGCACUACGAACUGCCAAAAAUGGAGAAUAAUAAUAAUGUCUUCAUCGGAAACAAAACACCCAUGGCUAUUCUCAUGAUAAUGUCCAUCAUCCUUGCAGCCAACAUUUUCCAUGGAGAUUGCUACACUCUGUGCAACAUGACUGAUGAUGGGCUGCAGGCAUGCAAGCCAUCUGUGACGCUGCCGGACCCGGUGGACCCGCCGUCGGCCGCCUGCUGCACCGCCCUCUCCACGGCUGACCUGCCGUGCUUGUGCUCGCAGAAGGGCUCCCCCAUGCUGUCCUUCCUUGGGAUUGAUCCUGACCUUGCCAUGGCUCUUCCAAAGAAGUGUAAUCUCACCCCUCCUGCCAAUUGUUAGGGUCUCAUCUUAUACUUUUUGCACUGCAAUUAUAUUAUCUUAAUUGUGUGAAUUAACACCUCAUUAUGUUCUAUGGCAUUAACCCAAAUCCUCUGUGCUUGUUUUAAGUAAUUACCAGUUAAGUUGUAUGAGUGAUGUCUUGUGAUAU